AUGCCAUCUCGCUUCGAGUUUUGGCUGCGCGCCAACGGGGACCGCCCGUGCAAUGACGACACCAAAUGGGCGCUCAUUGUGUUGGUGUCGUUCACCGCGCAGUACUACUACCGUGAGCGCGGCGGCCUUGAGCUGUUUGACCUCCUGGAUGAUCCCUCACCCAUCGCCUGCACAAACUCCGGCCCCCCCGGGACAAACGGCGCGCGCGGCGGCGCCUACCUCAUGCCCAUCGGAUACAGCGGCCUGUCCGAGGUUGCGGCACAGUUCAUUUCCACGAUUGACGCGACAGGCGUGUGUGGCCUUGUGAACCUCGUCAGCGAUCCCUUGACUGCUGGGAACCCGGCUAAGGCCUCAAAACCGUGCGAGGUUGGCUACUUCUUGGAAGGCCAGUUCUACUCGGCCGGGAACAUCCUUGCCGGCGCCGCCGGCGGCUUCGCGGCGCUGUCAAAGCCAUCCCUACCGGGGGCCUGA